AUGGUAGCGGAGCCCGCCUCCCGCCGGCGCGGCCUCGCACGGGAGGCGCUGAGCCUGAUGAUGGGUUACUGUGCGAGAGAGCUGUCCACGGCCUCGUUCGUGGCCAAGAUCAAGGACCACAACGGCCCGUCGAUCGCGCUGUUCGAGGGCCUCGGCUUCCAGCUCCUCAGGGCGGUGCCCGUGUUCGGGGAGGUGUGGUACGAGCUCCGGGGCUGCCCAGCGCCAGCCGGUGCGGCGGACGACGAGGGGCGGGAGGCGGCCCUGGCCCAGGACCUGGCGCGCGCGCGCGGGAGCUGCUCUCCGGGCUGA